CUCUAUCCCAUAAUACUAUCCACAUCCCAUACAUUUUGUAUCUUUAAAAAAAAUUCUGUAAAUCCAUGUGGCACUUUUUGCUGUCUGCCAUCUCUGAUAGAAGCAUGGAGCCCUCACAGUUAUGCACUAUUGUGUUUGCAACACACAUGACAGGAUCCUCCAGUAUUUGCAGAGCCACGGGAAGAACCACAGCAAUGGGGAGACAUGAUCAUUUCAAUGAGGACAAUUUGCUGUGGGACAUAGCAAAAACUAAUUCAAGGUGGUUGGUGGCAUUCACGGAGCAGCUGCAGAUGGUUGAACACCACUCCUGGGCAGAAGAAAUGAGCACUGACCAGUGGGAUUGGAUCAUAAUGCAGGUUUGGGAUGACAAGCAUGGCUCAUCCUCUGUCUCUGUGCUGAUCUCGCCUCCAACUCAUGGACACCGGAAAAAGAGCUGGAAGCAGCUGAGAAGCAGUUAGCGAUUGGACUGUGAAGGCUUGUAAUGCCAGAUUCCUACCAGUCAGUGGGCAAUCAUUUUGGAGUUUGAAAAUCCACAGUGGGGGCUGUUAAUAGACUUGCGUGGCACAGGAGUGUGGCUCUCGGUAAUGUGCAUGAUCUAAUGAAUGGAUUUUCUGCAAUGAGGUUCCCAAACUUCAUUGGGGUGAUAGAAGGCACGCAUAUUCCUAUUUUGGCUCCAGCCCACCUUGCCACAGAGUACAUCAAUAGAAAGAGCUACUUUUCUCUGGUUAUGCAAGUGUUAGUGGAUCACCACCAACUGACAUCAAUGUUGGCUGGUCAAGGAAGGUGCGUGACACAAACAUCUUUAGAACGUAGAACUGUUCAGAAAACUACAAGUAGGAACAUUCUUUCCCUACCAACAGAUUAUCAUUGGCCAUGUUGAAAUGCCAGUACUGAUCCUGGGAGACCCAGCCUAUCCCUUGCUUCGCCGGUUCAUGAAGCCAUACGCCGGCCAUCUUGACAGCACCAUGGAAAGAGUCAACUACCAUCUCAGCAGAAGCAGAAUGACAGUUGAAUGUGCUUUCGGUAGAUUGAAGUGAUUCUGGUGUUUACUCACAAGAUUGGAUCUCAGCGAAAAGAAUAUCCCAAUGAUUAUAGCUGCCUGUUGUGUCCUGCUUAAUAUCUGUGAGGCAAAGGGGUAGAAGUUGCUGCUUGGAUGGAGGGCAGAAGUGGAGCAGCUUUCUGAUGAGUUUGAACAGCCAGGCACGAGUGCUAUUAGAAGAGCACAACAUAGACCUAUGAGGUUGAGGGAGACCUUCAAAGAGCGCUUUAACUGUCAGCCACCAUAAUGUAGUGUGGUGAAUUGUGCUUUACCUGGACAUGAAGUUUUGGGGCCUGUUAGGAAUUAUGUGAUGCUUGGUGUGCAUUUAUAUGAAUAAUACAGUCAGUGCAUCUGUUAAUUAUACAGUGCUUGCUGUACAUUUAUAAUUAUUACACUGUUUGUCACUGAUCCUAUGAGAGCCUUUUCCCCUGUACAAUCACAAGUAGUGGGCGCUUUGAGUAGCGGUGGGCAGAUAUUUAAAAAAAAAAAAAUUGUUUUGUAUAUCAACCACUUGCAACAAAAACUGAUUAAACAAAUGCAAUGAAAACUUCUGAAAUAAGUUCUGCUCUAUUGUUUUAAUAAGGGAAAAGAACAUUUAUCUCCAUUUGUCUAUUUUUGCUACACAUCCAGCAACCGUGGCCAGUGUACGUGAAGCUGUGGCUGUUUGGACUGUCCCCUGGCAUGGAGUGGUGGGGGUAGGAACGCAGCCUCUGAUGUCACAUGGAACAUUGGGGGUCUAGGGAGGUGCUAAAAUGGAGUUCUCCAUUGACUACCGAGAGAGGCGAGCCCAUGUUUGUUGAACUUGUAGGUCAGCCAGUGUCCGCAGUAUUAGUGCUUGCUCCUGGAGAAGUCCCAUUAUGUCUGGGUGCAUUUCCCUCUACUUUUCCUGCUGUGACUCCGGGGCCUUUCUGCUAUCCGUUCUUUUUUUUCUUUCUCCAUAUUGUCAGCAGUAUUCGCCCUCCAGGCCUUCUGUUCACAGUCCGAUGCAGCACUGACCUGCAGGUUCUUGUUGAGCUUAUCCUUCCAUGUUGUCUCCUUUCUUUUCCUCAUUAGGGCCAGGUGUUCCACAGGUGAGGAGGGGACAUCCCUCAAGGCUGCAACGGCAAUAGCCACAGAUAAAACACAAAGACUCGUCACUGUAUUUAGUUAAAACAGAAGGUGAAAGUUAAUCUUCAGAACUCAUUCCCAUAAAAGUUUUAAACAAGACAUUCUUAUUGACACUUCAGCUUUGGAGCACUUUGGCACAGCACCACCCUCUGGUCCCAGGCACAGUUUUUGUAAUUACAAAAUAGUAACUUUGUAGGAUGUCAGGGAAUGAUUUGGGUGUGCAUGUUUACAAGAUAAACCAACGAUUUCAUAUAAAGAGCAAGGAGACGAAAGCCCCAAAUGAAUCCUUAAGAAGCCCUCGCGCCUACCCCAACUGCCGAGUGAAAAGCUCUGAGCUUGGAGGUAGAACUUCUGGAUUAUCCAACAAAAACUUCUUAUUUUGUGAGCAAACUAGACAGUUCUUUACUAGUCGUGAGAAUGGUUUAGGAGAUGCUAGCUCUCAUUGCAAGAGUGGAGUGGCAAAUGACUUUAACAAGGAAGAGUUUGGAUCAAAGAUGAGCAAGGGAACGCUAACAGGAAACUCAGUGGAAAGCAUAAGUGGUAGAAGUAGUUUGCUGUUAACACCUUCAACUAAGGAAGAAAAUGCUGUUGCUGGUACAAACUUAAUCCAGAGCUCCAAUUCUGACUUGCUUCACACAAAGCAGAAAAAGAUACGGAAUUCCCCUGAGAAUAUUUUAUCUAUAAACUACAAUUCAAAACUAUUUAAUUCAUUAAUGCCAACCCCUCGGAUGACUACUUGCCAUCAUUGUGGUCUGUAUGGAGACCUGAGAUGUUCUCAGUGUAAACAGACAUAUUAUUGCUCUCCAGACUGCCAGAAGAAAGAUUGGUGUGCACAUGGUAUUGUAUGCAAGCCAAUUAAACAAAAUUUAAAGAAAAGUGAAGAUAAUGCCAAGUUGCCUGGUGAAAUUAAGGAUAAAUUUGAUUUUAAGGGCAGUUUAACCCCUGUUGAUGCACACAAGAUAGAAGAUGACAUCAAGAAAAUAAUGCUUUCUGACCUGCAAAAUCUAGGGCUCAAAAAAGCUAUGGAAAUACAGGGUACAGUCACAGAAUUCAGGAACCCAAGUGAAUUUUAUAUACAGGUCUAUUCUCCAGAAGUUUUAGAACGUAUCAGCAAACUUACUGUGAAACUGAAAGAUUGUUAUGCAAAUAUUGUUAACCAAGAGGAAUAUAUUCCUAUCAAAGGGGAAGUUUGUGUUGCAAAAUAUUCUCUGGAUCAGACCUGGAACAGAGUACUGGUAAAAAAGGUGGAUAUCUUGCAGAAGAAAGCACAAGUGUUAUAUAUCGAUUAUGGCAAUGGAGAAAAUGCUCCACUAGAUUGGAUUAAACCACUCCACAAAGACAUUGAACUGUUUCCUCCCUGUGCCAUUAAGUGUUGUGUUGCUAAUGUUGUUCCAAAACAAGGAGGAUGGAACAAAGACUGUGCUAGCAUUAUUACCCCUCUGCUCGUGGGACAGGACUGUUCGGUGACUGUUGUUGACCUAUUACAGGAGGAGAUGAUGACUUGUUUUGCUGUAGAUGUUGUCCUGCCAGGUUCUGGGAAACGCCUAGAUAAAAUACUUCUCGAAAUGGGACAUGAAUUGAGUCCAAAGAGGAAAGAAACUAAGAAAACGGACCCAGAUACAGGUACUGUGUUACAAAAGGAUUCUGAGGGAGAAAGAGAAAAAACAGCUGAAGAUGAAGAACUGGUUCAGAAUAGUGAUUUAGCCAUAAAAGUUGUUUCCGUAUCCGUGGGAGAUACAUUUUCUGGUGUAGUUGCCCAUAUUCAAACACCAGAAGACUUUUUCUGUCAGCAGAUGCAUAAUGGCCGCCAGCUCGCUGAGCUUCAAGUAUCCUUGGGUGAAUACUGUAACAAAAUCCCUACUAUCCCAAAUUUCUGUCCAGCUGUUGGAGAUGAGUGUUGUGCCCAGUUUACAGAAGACAAUCAGUGGUAUCGUGCCUCUGUUCUAGCAUAUACUUCUGAAGAUACUGCUUUAGUGGGCUACAUAGAUUAUGGUAACUUUGAAGUUCUCCAAGUGGCUAGACUUCGCCCUAUUAUUCCAAAAUUAUUGGAGUUGCCAGUGCAAGCUAUAAAGUGUACAUUAGCAGGUGUGAAGCCCCUUUCAGGAACCUGGUCCUCGGAAGCUAUUUCUCUGAUGAAACAACUAGUGCAAAAUAAAAUGAUCACUGUAAGAGUGGUGGACAAAAAGGAGAAUAGCUCUGUGGUAGAGAUUGCAGAUGAAUCUGUUACUCCAAUAAUAAAUGUAUCUAAACGUCUUUUAGAAUCAGGCCAUGCAGUGAAAGAUUCCAAGGAUGCCUUAACAAUAAAUGAAACUGUUAACACUGUGAAGGAAGUAAAUGCUGUAGAAGAAACCAAUAAAAUAGAUUGGAAAUGGAUUAAGCUGACUCUUAAACAGACAGUAAAUGUCUUGCUGUGUACGGUGAACAAUCCUGGAGACUUCUUCUGUCAGAUCUUCAAAGAUGAUGACUUACUUGCUCUAAAUGUACUCAACAAGUUAUUGGCCGAAUACUGCCAGCAGACUUCUUCUAGUGUUUUCAAGCCUUCAGAGGGAGAACCUUGCUGUGCUUUUUUCUCUGGUGAUGGUAAUUGGUACCGUGCUUUGGUAAAAGAAGUCUCUUCAGAUGGAACUAUUAAAGUGCAAUUUGUGGAUUAUGGAAAUGUUGAGACAGUAACUCCAGAUAAACUUCGACAGAUCACAUCAACGUUGCUAAAACUUCCAUUUCAAGGAAUUAAGUGUUGGUUAUCAGGUGUAAAACCUGUUAACAAGGAAUGGCUCCCAGAAGCCACAGCAAGAUUUCAGAUGUGCACUGCAGGACUUAAACUUCAAGCCAGAGUAGUUUCUGUCAACAAAAGUGGUGCUGGAAUAGAGCUCAUUGAUAAUUCCCCAGGUUGUCCAAGAAUAAUCAGUGAAAUUUUAAUCAGUGAAAAAUUGGCUUUAAAGGAAGGUUUGCCAAAUAAAGAUGGGCUAGCAAAUACGUCUGCUGAGAAAAUAGAGCCUCAAGAAACCUCUUCUGAGCAGUGGCAGACAAUAGAAUUGCCUAUCAAUGAAACUGUAUCAGUCCGUGUAAUGGAAGUGAUAAGCCCAGACUUGUUUUAUGCUCUACCAAGUGAAACCAGAGUAGAUAAAGAGAAGUUGUGUAGGUUGAUGACUGAACUGGUAGAAUAUUGCAACACUCAGAACAGUCACUCCUUCAGACCAAAAGUCGGUGAAGCCUGUUGUGCCAAGUUUGCAGGUGAUGGCCAUUGGUACAGAGCUAUCGUUCUGGAAGUUUCUCAGUCUGAGGUGAAGGUAGCGUAUGCAGACUAUGGAUGCACCGAAACUCUACCAUUCUCUAGAGUGCUGCCGAUCACUGCACGUUACUUGAAGCUCCCUUUUCAGAUAAUUAAGUGUUCGCUUGCAGGAAUCAUGGAAUGGUCUCCAUUAAUAAUAGAUUUGCUAAAAACAUUAAUAUUGAAUAAGUGUGUCAUGAUCACAGUGAAAGGGAUCAAUGAGAAUAUUCAUGCAGUAUCCGUGGAGAAAUGUUUUGAAAACAGUAAUCUAAGUAUAGCCGACAAAUUAGUAAUGGAAGGUUUAGCCAAAUAUAGCAACUCUGGAAAUCAAAGUAUGCUACACCAAGCCCAUGGAAAUAAGGCUAGUUGCUGUUGCACAGAAUUAAAAAAGCAAAUUGAAAAACAUGAACAGAUCCUCCUCUUUCUUUUAAAUAACCACGUGGCUCAAGAUAAGUGUAGUGAAAUGAAAAAAUUAUUACAACACUAAAUCUUGUAGGCAUGGUGUGUGUGUGUGUAUGUAUGUGUGUUAUACGCGUAUACCCGUAACACUGUGUUGCCAAUGUUAAUGCAAUUGCUGCUGCUCACUGCUCUUAUUCCUAGAAUAGUGGCUGUGUUCAGGAGCAAAAAAAACUUGAUUUCUUUUGUAGAAAUUGUUUUGCUGUUAAAUGCUGUUGGAAUGUAUCUGUACAUAUGUGAAAUAAGAAAUUGUACAUUUGCACUGUCUGGAUCAGUGCAAAGCUAGAUGGAACCAAGUUAAGGCAUGAAGCCUCUGGCUGUUAGUGCAGUUCUUUUGAACGAGGGCAAUACUUUUUCUUAAGCAACUGUUUUUAUAAGAAAACUCUUCACUUGCAAACCAAAAGUAUUGUAAGAGAACUUAGUGAAAACUAUUGAGUUUUCAUUUGCAAGAGGGAAAAAUUGGAUUUUUGUCUUAGAAAACUCAACUUCAUUUUUACAUUUAAUGUAUAGCAAACAUAAAAUUUAAGUUUGAAAUAAAAAUGCAUGUGAAAUUUUAGGUAAAUGAUUUGUCAUGAAGAAUAACAGUACAGAUACUACUUUUUUCAUUUGGUCUACUUCAUGUUCUGUGUCUAACUUACGGUUAGAUUUGUUUAAAACCAUAUUUUCAACCUAUUAUUUUCCCUUACUGUUCCCUCCAGCUGCAUGAGGUAAUAUGAACAACCAAACUUGAUUUUUAAUUGGCAUGUAAGGUAUCUCUUUUACCUGCAAAAUCAUCCCUUUGUUAUCCAGCAGUUCUGUUAGGCAUUGUUUAGUGGUUAGAGGAAGGAACGGGCUCUCAGAACUCUUGGGUUCCCCAUCAGACUUUGCCACUAAAUUUAGACAAGUCACUUCACCUCUCCAUCUGUUUAUGCAUCUUUAUUUUAUUAAUGGAUACAGUUCCUGUAUAUGUUCAGAUGCUGUAUCUGUGCAUAGUAUUUACCUCCUUUAUUUGAAAGACUAUAUCACAUUCACAAUUUGACACCUUUAUUGACCGUCUCAGCAGAUAAACCAAGGGGUCCAUAGACAUGGAGAUUGAAUUUCUCUCAACUUUAGAGCUAGUUUCCAUGUUUGGUUGGAAAUGUGUAUUUCCAUUGGUCAUGUGCAUCUGUUUUGUAGAGACGUAAGGACUUCAGUUUUACAGUGCUGCCAAUCUGAUACUUUUCAGGAGCACUGCAGUUAACUUGAAGGAGUUGGAAUUUUUAAACUGUUACUUUGCUUGUGCCACCAGACUUAGUUUUCGUUCCUCUUGAUAAACUUUGAGCAAAGUUUUGAUUGCCUUGCCUUAAAAUAGGGGAUUUUUUUUUUUUUUACCACUUUGUGUAUGGAGGUAAACUAUUCCUUACCUUUGUAAAUUCAGGAUGUCUAUGAAAAGAGUCAGUGUAGUCCAGUUCCACCAAGUCUAUUAGAAACCUGUUCCUUUAACACACCUCAAUGAUGUAAAAACUCUCGGUGUGUGUAUAAGUAGUUAGCAGAAGGUUGGGAACUUCCAGUGUUUCACUAAAUGGUGAAUCAGCAAUGUUCAUGAGUUUGUGUUUUUUCCCUAAGCACAGGGUGAGCCUUUCACUCAGAAAUAAUUUCCAUUUGAACACUUAUCAUAUCCAGUCAGACAGUUGGCUUUUAUUUGAAACUGCAUUCUAGCAUUCUCCUUUGCUGGAUGUCAGAUAUGGAAAACAUACCCUAUGUUAUCCCCCUCUCUAGUUUUUGUGUGUGAAAUACUUAUAUGGACCAGCAGACAGAACUGGACCCUAUUUUAAUGACAUUAACUUACGCAUUAUCAAGGAAUAAGUGCAUUGUUGCAUGUUAUUGUUAUCACUUACAGCUCCCCUCUUUCUCUAAAAACAUUUGGCUUCUGGUUAUGAGACUCUGAGUAUGAUAUGACCUGCAAAAUCCAAAAUAUUCCAAGAAAAUAACAUGCUAUUGAUGUUCAGAUGAAUAAGAAGAUAUAUAGCCUCACAAAAUAUACUAUAGCCUCACAAAAAAUUCCUUUGGAAGCCAAGGUUAGUAUGUAGCAUUUGUAUAGCUCUUUUAUAUUUUCAAGCACUUUACAAACAUUCAGAACCAAAUGUGUUAUAGUUGAACUAUUAAUUGUCAAUAAAAAGUUCAGCUUCGGAGGAGUUCAACAUAAGUAUUUGGAGGUGAACUAAAAGGCUUUUUUACAGCCAAGACGCAAGUUAGCUUCCCAUGUUUUUUGCGGCAACAGUUACUGACCUCACCAAUAACAAAAACAGAAGGGAGCAACAGUUCCUGUAUGGCAUUAAGGACAAAUUCUGUCUCUCUACGUGGUUCCCAUUUAUGUCAAUAGGAAGUGGUGUAUGCAUGUGUGUGCUUAAAUUGUUUUUAGAUCUUGGUGGAUAAGUAAAGUAGGAAACUAUUUUCUUAAUGUGUUAAGAUCUUUAGUUUUAACAUCUUCUCAGAAGCAUGACCAUAUUCCUAACUAACCUCAAUGUCCUGAGAUAGCCCAUAGACAGGGACCCUAUCCCAUGAAUUAACAUUUCCUGUCUCCCCCAUCCCCCUGUGUUAAUAACUCUCACUUCAAUGAGUGGCAUCUGUACCAUCUGGUUAUCUCUUGUAUCCCAAUGUGGGGUUACCGGGAUCACCUUUGCUAGACUUCCCUCUGAGGUAAGCCCCCAACCUAUUACACAGUUGUAAGUUAGCCUGUAACAGAUAUAAAAAGCUGUUGAUCUCUGAGGCAGCUGAGCUAACCCAGCAAGUCCAGACCCUCCCUCAAUACCAUGGGUCCCCCUGCCGCCCUCCCAAGCUCUGUGGCUAAAUCUGUUGCCCCACAAGUUUCAGUAGCUAAAGCCCUGGGGUGCUGCAGAAAGUGGCCGCUCCCCUGCAUCUUAUUUUUGGCCUCAGUAGGAAGCAGUAGGCUAUAUCCGUGUGCUGUGCCACUCUCCCCUCUAAGAUCCCCACAUGCAGCAAAAGUGGUUAAAAUUAACAUUCCCAUAUUGCCUCCCCCUUCUGUCCCCCCCCGUCGUCCCCCCAGC